AUCCUUUUGGCGCUCCUCGUCCUGCUCCCGGACAUAUUAUUGCUUAUAGUUGUCAGACUCGCUUUGGUAAUUGUUUUACUUGAGCGGAGAGAAUGAUAGCUCAUGGAGUAGUUGCAUAAGCAUUUCUAAGAUUUCUCCAAAAUUGGGCCUUUAAACUGGAUCUUGUUGCCAGUACUUCUCAAGAAGUUUAGUCAGGGUUGGUUGUGUUCGGUUAAAGUCCAUAAGACUAUUUGUCUGGAGGUUCAUGCAGCUACAUCUUAUUCGUUUGGUUGUUGUCCGUUUUACAGGUACAGCAGGAAGUUGCGUCGACCAAACGAACAGUCAUAAAUUAUAUAACAACAUAUUUAUAUCAUAAAUUAUAAGCUAAAUUAAAACAAAAAUAAUAUAUCAAAAUAUUUAUUAUAAAAUAAAAGUUAAAUAAUACACAAAUUUUAAAUAAAUUAAACAAAUAUUUCAAUAUCACAUAUGAUAAUCGAAAUUAUAAGAAAAUAUAAACCAAGUCAUUAACUAAAAUAUUUAAUACGAUAAACGACUUCUAUUAUAUUUAUUUGUGAUGUUUUUAUGCAAAUUUCUAUCGUUCUAUCACCUGCCGGCUCACAUGUACAAGAACUCAGACUCAUUGUACAACGAGCUCUUAAAGUACGGAAGAAAAUAGAGAUACAUUUUGGAGACGCCAACAGCUAGCCGCUUCUAAAUUCUUACAAAGAUAUUUGUCAAGGCCAUAUUCAUUCGGUGUGCCCAACUAGCCAACUAAAGUCUACUGGAAUAAAAUGGAUCAGCAGAGAUAAAAAAAACCUCACUCACUCUCAAGACUCUUAACACAAGUAAAGAAAGUGGUAACAACCGUAAAGUUAAGAUAUAAACUUUUAAUGACGACAAGAAAAAAUGUGAAUGAAUCCUAUAACCAUAUCCAUCUCUCGGUUCGGUAAUUAAGAAUCACAAAAUGUAUUUGUAUAAAAUAAUUUUAUUCUUUUUCAAGAAAAAACAAGAAUGGAGGAAUAUUCAUAGCUGUCAGAGGAAGUGUUCAUGCGUGGCAAAAAUCAAUCAAACUAUCAAUGAUUGUUCACUGAUUUUUUUUCUCUUCCAGGUACUUUAUUCUCUUCCACCAGUUCAUGCUUGACGUUUUUCUGCGUUCCUGACGACGCCCUUCUUUAAAACUAAAAAGCAAAUUAUAUUAAUCUCAUUCUUUAUAAUUAAUUACCAAACAAAUUAUAUUAAUCUCAUUUAUAUAUACUUAUAAAUAAUACAAGUAGUACGUAUUUAAAAAUGAAUAUAACUUACAAGUUACAAGUCUCAUUACAUUUAUCAUAUGGAAACAUCUUAUUUGAUCUUCAGUUUUCUUUAUCACAUUACUUCUCCCAUAUACAAAUUAACGCAAAAUCAUGUGUCGAAGAAUUAACGAAUCUACACAGAAUUACUAAACUAAUUAACAGAAAUCCAUUGCUAAUAUACUCUAAGAAAAAAAUACUACCGGUCAGUGAGAUUAAGCUAUCAUUAUAAUCAAAGGAUGAUCACGUGUAAGGAAGAGAUAAGCCGUUGUCUCAUCGGGUACGCUAAAACCACCUGAGACGCGUUUUUGGUAGGUUGAUAGAAUCCUGAAAAAAAGUUUUAACAGUUUUUUACCAAAAAAAGUUUUAACAGUAAAUUAAUAACGUGAAAGCGUGUAUAAAAAUGGUAUUCAUUACAUCAUAACUGUCAAAUGUUUCCUUGCAUGUAAAAAAAAGAAAGGUUUCCUAGCAUUGUAUAUGAUUUAUCCACGUCGACAGCCGUAACGAUGUGACAUCAUAAUGUUGACAAUAUGCAAGAAGAAUGCAUACGAGACUUUAUAGUAUCGUUUAGUUAUUAUUAUUAUUUUUUUGCUAAACUGUAAAUAUUAUUAAAAAUGAAACUUUUGUCUUUUACAAAAUAAAAAGCUUUUACAUAUAUCUUUCUUCGCAAAAAUUAGAUAAAAAACAAGAAAGGUAGUAGGUUUUUGGCUAUUGGAUAUGACCGGGUCAUCUGAUCCAAAGUGCCAUGAUGUUGGUGAAUUUGCACCUCAUGCGCCUUGCAGUUAUUGUGUUUCUCACAUCUUUGUCUAUUAAUCUGAAAGUUUCAGCCUGAAGAAGAUGUGUAUUGUUGUGGAGAGCACUGUUCCUUUGUCUCCAAACGUGGUAGAUGAGCACUUGGGCAACCAGUUUCUUGAGAAUAGGUGUAGCUUUUAGUUAUGGUAUAUAUUUACAAUGAUUCCUACAUUAAUAACCCGGUUUAAAAUAACAAUGAUAAAGCGUAGUGUGGAAUUAUAUAAUCGCGCAAGUACAGAAGCAAAAGGAACUAAUGGGUUUCUACGAGAAUACGUGAAAUUAAAAAGUGAGAUUAAUGAAGUUUAACGUCAUCGCAUCAUCAUUGCUCCACCACUCUUCUAUUUAUAGUCUUUUUUAUCAUUUUAUUUAUUUUCCUCUCCACUCUUUUGGUCUCUUUCAUUUUCCUUCCAUCAUUUCUCUGUUGAAAGAAAAUAUCGUCUCUACAGAAAAACCAAAUAAGAGAAGAAUAAACAAACAUGGGCCAGUGUUCAUCGACGACAAAGAUGAGGAGAAAGAGGAAAAGAGAAGAAGAAGGUUGCAGAGAAUCAUCAGUGGAAAAGAAUAGGGGAUGUUUAGCGAUGGUGAAUGAGAGGCGUUCUAGGUUCUACAUCGCCAGGAGAUGUGUUCUUAUGUUACUUUGCUGGCACAAAUACGGCAACUCUUGAUUUAUCAGGUUUUGUGUUUUUAUUACCAAGUAAAAAUAAAACACACACGUACAUAUAAUUCGAUUUUGAUAACUUUUUGUUGUUCUCUGUUCAUAGCUUAUGUUUUUUGAGUUUGAUAAUUUCAAGCUU